UAAGGGGAGUAUCCUGAGCUCAGUCAUUCACUCAGACACACACAAACACACAGGAGAUAUUGCGCACCGGUGCUCACAAACACACACACACACAAGACAGAGGAGACAAGAGCAAGAUAUCAGAGGUGACCAAAAAAAAGGAGUUGGUGAAACACAAAAAAAAAAAGGGCGAAAGAAAAACAAGAUACUGAAAGAGAAAACAUGACAAUUGGCAAGAACUCCAGGAAAAGCUCUGUGCGGAGCUCCAUCCGGGCCCCAAAGUUUCUGGACAAAUCCAGUGGCUUCUACGGUCGCCUUGAUGAGCCUGAGGCUGCUGGAGAAGGAGAGAAGGUGAGGGGAAAAGAAGUGGAGGAGACAUUCAACUGGACAGAAGACAGCAACAGAGAGGGGGGAGUCGCAAGCAGCCCAAGUGAGGUGCGCAUUUCUGGGGCAGAUGAGAAGGAAGAAGUCGAGGCGUUUGAUCUCAAUGAAGGGAUGAUGGAAGACGACGGGGAGACUCUCCUCCAGAGGAAACCCAGCCGCCGCAGCAGCCGCUGGAGAAGAAGCUCCAGGAGGAAGCAGAAGGAGGGGAGAGCCGAGGAGGACACAGCCCGGGAUGAGAGGCCCAGCCUGGGCACAGAGAGUCCCGUUGACCCAAACGUCCUGGAGGACACCAAGGUAAUGAUUGAAGUGAAUAAGAUGGAGGAAGAGGAUGGGAAGGCAGGAAAGGGGAAGGAGCCCACGCUUGUUCACUUCCCGGUUCGGGAGGAUGCGGACGACCAGGUCCUGAUCAGAGACAGGAAGAGGGAGGAAGAGGAGGAGAGGAAGAUGAAGAGGGAGCAAGAGGAGGGGAAGAAGGUGGUGAAGAGGAACACUGGGAAGAAUUAUCGCAAGGCCUUGGACCGAGCCUUUCGUCGUGGCUGGGAGGCCUUCAUCACCAACAUAUACAGCGUUACGCUCACACCUGUGACAUCAUCCUCACCGCCAUCUUCUUCACCUUUGCCAAAGAAGAAACCGCAAUCCAACUUGGUGUUAGCUGAGUUUCUGUAGAACUGGAGAGCGACAUGGACGAAGAAAUCAAAUUUAGUUCAAAUCAUGAUUUUAUACGUUUAUAAUUACAUGAUGUGUUUGAGUCAUGCAGUAGGCCUCCGAAACAUUCAUUAUUUAUCUACGUUAAUGAAUCUUAAUCCCUCCUCGUAAAGUUUACUGCCUUGUCUCAUCUUGAUGCACAUAUGUUUGCACAGGGAUUCAUUUUUACUUCACGAGCUGAGGGAGCCACGCUGCUGAUUCUACAGUGAAGCACUAUGGGACUAUAGCUUAUAUUGGAAAAACCCAGUCUCUAUGUGACUGAUUUCAGCUGCUUCUGGUUCCCUUCAACUGUGAUGCUAAUUUGGGAUUAUGUCUUAACAUUUUAGCUCCUACAUCCGGUCCACUAUUAGGAGCUUGAAACAGAAAUAAUCUUUCUAUCCUUUUGUUUAGCACUAUGAAACUACUAAAGUGUUGAUGUGCAACCAAUAGGAAUGUUUCAUUGUCAAACAUGUUGCGAUGAUUUAUUAGUGGACUUUGGUUCUGGAGAUAUUCCUACUUGUAUGUUAGUCAGUGCCAUUUAUUGCUGUUUGACAGCUAAUCAGUUGUUUUUUAAUGAUAGGAGGACAAACACCCACCACACACACACACACACACACACACACACACACACACACACACACACAACAACACCCACCACACACACACACACACACACACACAGCUAAUUUGUAUUUUGACAUUGUGAUAGUGAUUAACACACACAUUUGUAUGUUAAUAUUUGUGGAGAAAAUUCAAUUUUAACACAUUUAAACAGGGGGUUUCCCAUCUGUGUGUGCACAGAAAUACAGAGUUUGACUUCCUCACUGUAUGUUCUGAUAAAGGUGAUUUAACCUGAAGGGACAGGGCAGGAGAGUGUAUGCAUGUGUGUGCAACUGAGAGAGAAAGAGAUAUAUUUAUAGCCUGGUUAUAAAACAGCAUGUCUUUUAAUCGUUACCAAUGUAGCUGCACAUCACGUUUCUCUUAGUCUAAAACACCACUCACUGGCACUUUAAAUGUAAAAUUGGACUAUAAAGUUAGUAUCAACGUUCAACUGGGGACAGGAAGACGUGAUAGAAGGGAUUCAGAAGGUUUAGAAGGUUUAAACAGUGUAUUAAUGAUUGGUUGACUUGUUAGAAUGAAAAAUGUAAUGUUUACAACAGACCUGUAAUUUCCUGUCAUCCACUAUGUAUAUGGUUUGGAUAUUACAUCCAGUGUAUUCUUGCAGACUGAAUAGGUGGGAAAACUUGUAUAUAAUGAUUGUCUAAAGAAUGUGUUAAUUUAAAAAAAGAUCUUUUUGUAUCCUAAUCAAAGCUUCUGAAGUCUUGAACCAUAACAAGAAGCACUUUUCCGAGUAAAUAAAGACUUAAUUUAUUUGUAAUGGUUGUAUUUUCAUGUUUCAGGAUAAAGACAGAAUAGAUCUGUCUUGAUUUGAAUUACCUAAUGUCAUUGUUGCCAUGAUAUUAUGAGCAACGUGAAAAACUAACCAAAUAAAUGAUUAAGAUAAA